CAGGACGCCGCUGCCCCGACGCUCCGCCUUUGCAUCCCCCACUGAACCCGCAGUAGCUGGCGUUACCCCUCAACGGAGUCGCGAGCAUUUUCCCCUGAGGCUUGGGAAACCGCGCUCUUUGACCCACCUUGCCUGGCCCGGCGCUGUCCGCCGCGUCCGUGCCGCCGUCAUGGAUCUGAAUCUAAACCGAGCGGAUUAUUUGCAGGUGGGGGUGACCUCUCAGAAGACUAUGAAGCUACUUCCUGCCUCAAAACAUACAGCCACACAAAAGGUGGUUGUUGGGGAUCAUGAUGGAGUACUUAUGUGCUUUGGCAUGAAGAAGGGAGAAGCAGUGACAGUGUUCAAGACUUUACCUGGGCAGAAGAUUGCAAGAUUGGAACUAGGAGGGGUUCUUAAUACACCCCAGGAGAAAAUUUUUAUUGCUGCAGGAUCUGAAAUUAGAGGCUUUACAAAGAGAGGAAAACAGUUCCUCUCUUUUGAAACAAACCUCACUGAAAGCAUUAAAGCUAUGCACAUAUCUGGCUCAGACCUUUUUCUCUGUGCAAGUUACAUCUAUAACCAUUAUUGUGACUGCAAAGACCAACAUUAUUACCUUUCUGGGGACAAAAUCAAUGAUGUCAUCUGCCUUCCAGUGGAAAGACUCCUUCGUGAAGUACCGGUGUUGGCCUGCCAGGACAGAGUACUCCGAGUUCUACAGGGAUCUGAUGUGAUGUAUGAAAUUGAAGUUCCUGGCCCACCUACUGUUUUAGCCCUACACAAUGGAAAUGGCGGUGACUCUGGAGAAGACCUUUUGUUUGGAACGUCAGAUGGAAAACUUGGGCUUAUUCAGAUCACUACAACCAAACCAAUCCACAAGUGGGAAAUUCGAAAUGAGAAAAAGAGGGGAGGUAUUUUGUGUGUUGACAGCUUUGACAUUGUGGGUGAUGGGGUUAAAGAUUUACUUGUUGGAAGAGAUGAUGGAAUGGUGGAAGUAUAUAGUUUUGAUAAUGCCAAUGAGCCUGUUCUACGAUUUGAUCAUGCAUUGUCUGAGAGUGUCACAUCAAUCCAGGGUGGUUGUGUAGGGAAAGACGGCUAUGACGAAAUCGUGGUAUCCACAUACUCAGGGUGGGUUACAGGUCUGACAACACAGCCUGUUCAUAAGGAAAGUGGACCAGGAGAAGAAUUAAAAAUUAAUCAGGAGAUGCAGAAUAAAAUUUCUUCUUUACGGACUGAAUUGGAACAGCUGCAGUAUAAAGUGCUACAGGAGAGAGAGAAAUAUCAACAGUCUUCUCAGUCAAGCGAAGCAAAAUCAGCAGUACCUUCAUUUAGUGUAAAUGACAAGUUUACAUUAAAUAAAGAUGAUGCCAGCUACAGCCUUAUCUUAGAGGUGCAGACAGCGAUAGAUAAUGUCUUAAUACAGAGUGAUGUUCCAAUAGAUUUACUUGAUGUGGAUAAAAAUUCUGCUGUUGUCAGCUUUAGCAGCUGUGAUUCUGAGUCAAAUGACAAUUUUCUCCUCGCCACUUACCGGUGCCAGGCAAACACCACAAGGCUAGAGCUCAAGAUUCGCUCAAUUGAAGGCCAGUAUGGCACACUUCAAGCAUAUGUGACUCCGAGAAUUCAACCCAAAACAUGUCAGGUCCGCCAGUACCAUAUCAAACCCCUUUCACUCCAUCAAAGAACUCACUUUAUUGAUCAUGACAGACCCAUGAAUACGCUGACUUUGACAGGCCAGUUCAGUUUUUCUGAACUUCACUCUUGGGUGGUUUUUUGCAUGCCUGAAGUUCCUGAAAAACCUCCAGCAGGAGAAUGUGUGACAUUUUAUUUUCAGAACACCUUCCUGGAUACACAACUUGAAAGUACCUACAGAAAAGGCGAAGGAGUUUUUAAGUCUGACAACAUUUCUACUAUAUCCAUCCUAAAAGAUGUGCUCUCUAAAGAAGCUACAAAAAGGAAAAUUAACCUCAACAUAUCUUAUGAGAUAAAUGAAGUAUCAGUCAAACACACAUUAAAGCUAAUCCACCCAAAGCUGGAGUACCAGUUGCUUUUGGCUAAGAAAGUGCAGUUAAUUGAUGCUUUAAAAGAAUUGCAGGUUCAUGAGGGAAACACAAACUUUCUGAUACCAGAAUAUCGCUGCAUUCUAGAAGAGGCAGAUCACCUACAGGAAGAAUACAAAAAGCAACCUGCACAUCUUGAAAGACUCUAUGGCAUGAUCACUGAUCUUUUCAUAGAUAAGUUCAAGUUUAAAGGCACUAAUGUAAAAACCAAAGUGCCUCUUUUACUGGAAAUUCUGGACAGUUAUGACCAAAAUGCACUGAUUGCUUUCUUUGAUGCUGCAUGAAAUAUAAACAAGGUAAAGUUCCAAAGAAUUUGUCUGUUUAAAUGAAAAUUGUUAAAAUAGAAUUACAAGCUAACUGUACAUACUUUUAUUUCAAGUGCUUUUUAAUACCAUCUAAAUAUAAAUGAAGUAUAACUUGU